AUGGACGUUUUUCGCUGCACUCCUGAGCGAGGAGUUUCCGACUUUGACCUAAUUCAGGAGAUCAUAACAGAGGACCACACAGGCGUGUCCCUCCCCAGACUGCCGCCACCGCCUCCUCACGGUCUUCGCGAUCAGAACCGCCGGAUGCACCGGCUUUGCUCCUCGUCGCCGCCGUCUCAGCCGGUGCUCGUGCCGAGAGGCACCACAUGUCAGUCAAGUUGCACCUUCCAACAGCCUUUGCAGCAGCUCCGCCCUCCUCGUGAAAUGUCCCAGCGCCCCUCCACUCAUUCGACAAUAGGCUGCCGCCACGCUCAACCAUCACAGACUGCUAAGCACCCCGGCGCCACCGUCUCCUCUAAGUCUUGCUCCGGCGUCGAGAUGCUGGAGCGUAAUCUGGAGAAGCCUAAACUGGUGGUGGUGGAACAACCCAAAGAGCGAGGCAUGAGGUUUCGCUACGAGUGUGAGGGCCGCUCGGCCGGCAGCAUCCUGGGCGCAUCCGGGAGCGAAAGCAACAAGACUCAGCCUGCUGUCGAGAUUCAAGGUUCCGUCGAGCACUUAAAGAAGGUCACGGUUACAGUUUCCCUGGUGACCAAAGACCCCCCGCACCGGCCGCACCCCCACUGCCUGGUGGGAAAAGACUGCCCGACUGGAUCGGGUAUCUGCGUGGUGACGCUGAAUCCUCAGACUAACCGACGCCACAGCUUCGCCAACUUGGGCAUCCAGUGUGUGAGGAGGAAAGAACUUGACGUGUCACUACAAAAGAGAAGAAGCCAAAAUAUUGACCCCUUUCAAACCGGUCACUCCAAGGGAAUCGAAGACAUGGACAUGAAUGCCGUGCGUCUGUGUUUCCAGUGCGAGCUCGAGUGGGAGGACGGCACGGUGGACAGUCUUAGCCCUGUGGUGUCCAACCCCAUCUAUGACAAGAAGGCGACCACAACAUCUCAGUUGAAAAUUAGCCAGUUGAACCAGUACAAAGGUAGCUGUGCCGGCAAGACGGAGAUCUACAUGCUGUGUGACAAAGUCCAGAAAGACGACAUCGAGAUCAUCUUCCGACACGGCUCUUGGAAAGCCAACGGCGAGUUCGCCCAGACGGACGUUCACCGGCAGAUCGCCAUCGUGUUCAAAACGCCGCCCUACCGAGAACAGGACAUCACGGACGAAGUGGACGUCAGCGUCACCCUGCGCCGCCUCUCCGACCAGAUGGAGAGCGAGCCGGUCACGUUCACUUACUUGCCUUCCAAUCCAGAUCCGUAUGAGGUCAAGCGCAAGAGAAAGAUUAAGUCGCACAUGAACUUCCAAGAAAAUACCAACGUGACAGCUGACCUUGCAGCGGCUGCACCGGAACAGGCCUUCCACUUCCCCCACGACAUGACGUCGCCACGCUCAACCCAACCGGGGCUCGCCCCUCUUGGCGAAAUUGUCUACGCCGAGCCCACGGACAUCCCCAUUGACAGCGAGGAGAUGGACCUCCUCAGCCAGCUGCUGGAGAUGCCCGGGCUGAUGGACAUGUUCUCCGACCCUGCCGCGGUUGUGCCUGAUGCCGGUCAGGCCAGCUUUGGGGGCGCCAACCAGAACUUAGGCCCGUACACCCAGGACUUCUCCCGCUACGAAGAUUUGCGCUUCAACAUGCUAGUCAACGAGAACUGGAACAUGCAAACCGAGCCGCAGGCCGGCCCGUCCGAUUCGGUCCACGUCAAGAUCGAAGAUGACCUAUGA